AUGGAGUCUCUUUUAACAUCUUUGACAAAGACAUCCAUCAAAGAUAUUGAAAGAAAUGAUUUUCGAUUCGACGUAUUGAAGCAUCAUGGAAGAGACCGAGAUCAUGACCAACAACACAAUCAUGCCGAUGAAGAAGACGAAGAAGAUGAGGGACAGCAAGAAGAUGACGAUGCAGAAGAAGCAGACUUGACAGAGGAUGAUUCAAUAGAAUCAUCAAAUCAUGAUAGCAUGGAGGAGACCUUGGCUAAUCUGAAUCUCAAUGAUUAUGAUUCUAUCAAAUACACAGGGCAUUCUGCUGGUCUGCAAUUAAUAGAUCAAAGUCUAUUCAAAUCGAAGCCCUAUGUACAAUGGCCAGGAAGAGAAGAUGUUGCAUUGCGCCUGAUGUCUCAAAAUGAAUUACUUGUUAUCCGUUCCUCGGGAAAGAAAGACACAAGACUCGAUGUGGGUUUCUCUUUAAAUAGUUCUAUCUUUGAUGAAAAAGAAAUAUGGCAACCUCAGCAAACAACAACAGUAGAUACUUCAUUGCCAUCGCCAAAACUCAUUGAAAAGGCAUUCCAACUUUAUUUUAGCCAUAUCCAUACAUUUCUGCCGAUAGUAAAUAGAACUCGGUUUGAAACACUACAAGUCAAAAAGCCAUCUACAUUCGACCCUUCAAACAACGUGUUGACUCAAGCCAUACUAGCUGUCGCUUUCCGCUUUGCAUCACGCCAUUUCCCAAAGCUGUUCAACAGCAGGAAGGCGGCUCUUUACGCCGAUACUUAUUUUAGAAAGGUGAUGCAGAAAUUGCAAGAUUUCUAUCGGGCUCGUCUUCGACAUGUUCAAGCUGCUUUGCUGAUGACCCUCUAUCUGGAUAUGGAUGAAACUACAGACGUUGAAUCAGUACAAUGGCAUACCUUGGGAAAGACAAUUCGAAUGGCUCAAGAUAUUGGCUUGCAUCGAUCCUGUUCGAAUUGGGAUUUACCUCCUUCAGAAAUCGAGACUAGACACCGAGUAUUUUAUGCCUGUUACGUUUUGGAUAGACUCAUGGGCGCAAGAGCUGGAAAACCAUUGACAAUAUUAGAUCGUGAUUUUGAUACCGACUUACCAGUCGCUCACGAAGUUUACGAUGACAGCAAGGAUACAACUCCUGCAGGACCAUCAAUCUAUCACUCAUUCAUCAAACUUAUCAAACUCUCGGAAAUCCUUGGUAGAGUGUUAAAGGCUCUCUACGCUCCCAAAUCGAAACAUUCAAAUACAAAUGCUGGCCUAGAUGAUCCAACCAUCCUUGCCGUCUUUGACCGCCGUCUCAAAAACUGGAAGGCAAGUCUAGAUGAGACAUCUGAUGAGGGGCCUAAUUGGUCUCAAGCACAAAAAGUGAAUCUAUUAUUACAAUAUUAUACCGUCAUGUUGUUAUUGCAUCGUCCGUUCAUAGAGUUUUCCUCAACAGAAAAGACGUAUAUACAAGGAUCUAUUGACUUGGAUGUGCUUGCCGCUGAUUCCCGGCAAGCUUGUGAAAAUGCAGCCGCCAACAUUUCCGUGAUUAUUCGACAAAAGCAAUCCUUAAUGUCUGACCCUGAUUCCUACGCACCGUUUUGCUUACCCACCUGCUUCGUUUAUUCCAUGUUUCAGUCUUCACUGAUCCAUUUGGCAAUUGCUAUCAAGAACCGAGACUCAUUGCGUCGACUGAGGUUACUCCAACGAUCUAUCGGCCUUUUGAAGCAACAUGAUCAGCUUGCAUCUGCGCAGAGAGCGCACAAUAUUUUGGUCAUGCUGGUUACAAUUAAUGGGAUCAAUAUCAACAAUUUGCUAGAAAAUGAAUCCAAAGACGAAGAUCAACAUAUCCUGGAUGAUGGUUUAUCUCAACAAAUAAGUCCCACAAUGGCUAAAAAGCCUGCAGUUGGUAAUGAAUUACGCUUCGUAAACGAUCAGCCGGUGGUGGAGCAAAUAUCUAGUACGACCGAGGUCAUAAGAGGCUGUGAGGACGAUGCGACAAUGCCAAAAUCCUCCUGGUAUCAACGAAUGAUGAAUACAAGUAUUAUUGGCGGCAUUACAUCUGAUUUACAUGAACACAGCCAUCAUCACAACAACAACAACAACAACAACAACGUAUCGCGAGCACAAACAACAGCAUUAGACCAACUUUUGCCCUUUUCAGAUUUAAACAAUAGAGGUCACACAGUAUACCACCAUCAAGACUACGAUAUAGAAAAUAUGAAGUACAAUCGCCCUACAGCAAUCAUCCCAUACAGUCCUAUGUUGCAACAAAAUCAGCCGCAGCACGAUCAAGGCCCCACCCUUUUAUCGAAUCAAAUACACCCAAGAACUGGCCUAACACCAACACCAUUUUACCCCCCACAAGCAACAGCGCAUUAUGGAUCCAGUGGACCAUCUCCAUUCCCGAAUAGCGUGUUUGAACACCCACCACCACCCCAACAUUUGAAUUUUCCUCAUUAUACCAAUUCAUCCCAUGCAACAACGGUAGCAUCAACGACGGCGACGACAAUAAGUGUUCCGUCUAGUUUGAAUUGGAAUGAUUGGAGUGUUUAUCUCGGUCAACAGCAUCAGCACCCACAUAAUCCCUCAUCCCCCCCUGAAUCACAGCAACAGCUGCAACAACACCAUCAUCUCAAUUGUUAA